AGUGAGACUGAUUGAACGGAGCGGUCGCCAUUUUGUUUCAAAUUACAAACACUGCGUGUCGUGAAGCUUGCUUUCACGGGAAACUGGCUGCUUGAAGCUUACUCAAAAGCAGUUAUUAUAGUGCCAAAUGUUUAAGUGAUUGUCAAAGAAAAAUAUUUUAUCUUUGCACAAGACCCAGAUGAACGUCGUAGGUUGAAAGUUGCAUUAGAUUAUCGAUCAACAGCAACGGGCCUAAGCCAAUAUCACUAUUUCUGGAAGGCAACUUGUUGAUUCAAAAGAAGUAGCAAGAUGGAACCCGUUCGUAUGGCAAGUGAUUUUAAGCUUCCAAGAAUUGGAAGAAGGCCAAUUCAGUCAACUGCUGGAGCUGUAACUGUCAGAGGGGAAAAAGGUGAAAUAAUAGUUGAGAAAGUCCCCGUUAAAAGAUAUGUUGCUGGUAAAAGGCCUGAUUAUGCACCUUCCGAGUCAAGUGAUGAAGAAAGUGAGGAUGAGAAUCAGAAUGAUAUAGAACCAGAUAGCCCUGAACAGAUAAGAGUCGAAGACAUAGAGAAUGAAGAUGAUCAUUUGGAAAGAGUCAGAGAGGAUCAUGGUCAUCGUAUUCAUGAGCCAGAAGUCAUUUCGAUGGAAGAAGAGUCAAAAGAGGACUUUGGUCAUAGAAGAAGAGAAGCUGUUGAGGAGAGCAGUGAGGACGAAGAGCUUGAUGAAGAUGAAAUUGAAAGCAGAAGGGAGGCACUGAGAAGAAGGGCCCAGUACAAAGCUCGCGAGGAAAAGGAUAUCCUAGAUGUCGAAGAAGAAAUGGAAGAAGAAGAUGAAGAGGAAGAGUCAUCAGAAUACGAAGAAUAUUCCGACUCAGAUGAUGAAACUGGGCUGAGACUCAAACCUGUCUUUGUCAGAAGAGAUGACCGUGUCACAAUUCAAGAGCGAGAGAAAAUAUUACAAGAGAACGAAGUGUCAGAAGAAAAGGCAAAGAAACUUGCAGAUGAGCGGAAAAAGACAGCUGCAAGGAUGAUAAAUGAUAUUGUUCGUGAAGAACUGAAAGAAGUUCAAGGCGUCGAAACAGAGGAGCAGAUAGUCAUAACUGACGAGGAAAACGACGAAGAAGAGUACGAAGCAUGGAAAGUCCGUGAACUGAAAAGAAUCAAGAGAGAUCGUGAUGAGAAAGAAGCACGUGAAAAGGAACGACUCGAAAUAGAUCGAAUACACUCGAUGACCGAGGAGGAGAGACGAAACGAAUUUAGAAAUAACCCGAAAAUGGUCACCAACAAAUCUUCGAAGGGAAAAUACAAGUUCCUUCAGAAAUAUUACCACAGGGGCGCCUUCUUUCUUGCAGAUGAAGAUGACAGACUCAAAAAGGACUUUAGUGCACCUACUCUUGAAGAUCAUUUUGACAAGAGUAUUCUCCCUAAAGUCAUGCAGGUGAAAAAUUUUGGAAGGUCAGGCAGAACCAAGUACACCCAUCUAACAGACCAAGAUACUACCGAGAAAACCGACUCACCAUGGUUCAUGGAGAGCUCACAGAGUCUCAAGUUCCAUGCAAGUCAUGGUGGUGGGAUGAAGCAAUCAUUUUCGCGGCCUAGCGCCAAGAGGAAGUGAGGUAUGCAGCUGGACGAUUUUGUCAUGGAGCUUUUCCUUGCACAGAAAGCAAGCAUUUCUUUAUGGUGCGAAUGUAAUCCAGGGAAGUUGUGAGAAAUCUUUUAAUGAACACUUGCAAAACGAAGACUAUUUUUGCUCUAUUGCAUUGGUUUUCAUUCAUUCAAAGAGCAACCCUUGUUGGGUUUAAAGCGAGAAGCAUUUGCCUUAGUUUACAGUAACGAACGUUUAAUGAACGAUUUAUAUACCCGUAAAACCCAAGGCAAUUAGUGUCACCCCAUUUUCUUAAAGACAAAAUGAAGCAAAAGAAGAAAAUUUUAUUUUAUUCGUAUCAGUAGCCAAAAAUUAUGGCGAAUUUCUCUGUAUGUUUAUUUUUAACUUGAUGUAUCGUCAAGAACUGGUUUUGCUUUUCAUUGCAAUUGUAUGCGGAAGAGUGGAAAGCCAGGCAUACAGUCCUGCACGGUUUUUUUACGCUGGAUUAUUUCUAUAUUGGAUAGUAAUACUUUCCUAACUUGAAAAACUAGUCCACUUAUUGUUAAAAUAGAUGAAAUAU